CUCUCCCUUCGCAUUCGUAAACGGAGAGAGCUCCUUCCUCUGCAAGCGUCGUCGCGACCCAUCGAUCUCGAGCCCUAAGGUGACCCCGAUCGAUCGUCUUCUUCUUCAACCCUCCGAUCGCCAUUAUCGUACGGAUCGGAAGCUCCCCCCACCCACCAACCUUCUCCUCGUAGCUAAAAGGUAUCCUGAAUUGACAUUUUGGUUUUCAAGCUGAUUUAGUCAUCCACAAUGUUACAAUGGAUGGGAGGUUCUAGGAGGAAGGUGAAUGCUUCCAGAAAAUCAACACAUAAUAGGCAAAAGCAGUACUUUGAACAAAGAAAACGGCAACAGCAGACAACAGGACUUGAAAACCGGACUGAAAUAAAAAAUAAGCGAGUACACUGCCAUGAGGAACCUCGAUCACUUGACAUCCUUAGCUUGAUAAACUUGGCAACACUUUCUCAUCCUAAUCAUGAUGAUGAUAACAAUGAGCAGAGUUUGCAGCAAGUGGAUCUCCAUGUCUCAAAGCUUGCCCCAGGAAUGGUGCUCAAGAAGAUCACAAUUCCAUAUUCUAAUGAUCAGAAGCAAACGGAUUUUGAACCAGGAGUUUUAUCCUCACUUGAGUUUCCUGCAGCCAUUGGUUCUCAAGACACAACAGUUGUUCAUAAUUCAACUGAUGAAAAUGCUGAUUGUAGGAUGCGAGCAUCUUCAAAUAAAUUUGCUUCCUCAAAUAACGACUCUAAACAGAAGCAACAGAAGGAAGAGAUUCAAAGUGAGGUUUCUCUUCUUGAUUUACUUACUGACGGUGAAUCAGUAAAUAAAUCUAGUGGCAAAUCAGUCCCUGAAGCUCACGUUGCAUUUUCAGUAAAAGGUCUUGGUAAAGUGGGGACGGAAACACCUGCUCAUUCACCAAGACCAUAUCAAAUGAUUUUUCUUUCACCUCCAAAGGCCCAAAAGUGUACCAAAACCAAAUCAACCAAAUCUAUAUCAUUUGAUGCUGCCAGGGGACUGAAUUUCUUAAUGGAUGACAUCAGCAUGACUCGAGAUGAAGGAAAAUUGGAUAGACUGGAGAACUUGAGUGGCAUUUUAGAUGAAUUUGAUGGUGCAAGAGGCACACACUUUGUGGAUUCACAUUCUCUCUAUUCCUUCAAGAAACUUAACAAUAAAUUUGAUGAUGUGGAGGAAGACAUGUACAACAGCGACCACAUAUUUGAAGGAAAAUGGAAUUCUGGGAUAGGUUCCCUAGAUGGCAAUUUACUUGGUAAGAAGAGUGAUGGAUUAUGGAAGAUGGCGCCUUCACAUUCGGAAGACUACUUUUCUACUUCAUUGUAUGCUAAAAAUUCCAAUGUUCAUGACUAUAGCUUCAAAGAUCACUCCUUUCCUAAAAGGACUAAAGCAAAAGCUGGCAAAAGAGUUGACAUUUCAGCGCCAUCUUCUCCUUCUUUCAUUACUUCAACCAUGGAAGAAGACUGCGACCUCAUGACUUUUGACUGGGAGAGAUCUCCUGCAUCUAGAGAAAGAUCCAAUUUUGACUCCAUUCUCAAUCCGCCUGUUUGGUCCUUCAAGGAAACAAGUGAAUCACAAGAUAGCCUUAGUUUGUUAAGCGAAGAGUCAUGCUCAUCUACUGCAGUGAGAGAAGAAAGAAGCCAUAAGUUACAACCACAGAAAGUAAAACUGAAAGAGAACAAGACAAGUCACAGGGAUGAGCUCCAAAUGAGCUUCAACAAGAAGCAUGAUGUAAAAAAGUUUCCUACAGAAAAAACAUAUAAAAACUUGUCAAACAAGCUGAAAUCAGGAGCAGCUUAUUGCACCAAAAAGUCUUUUGGCCUUGAGAAAAUUCCAGAACCCGAGUGUUUUACCUCAUUCACAGAAAAUACGGAUCUUCGUGCUGCUUCUUUUUGUUCCUAUCCCACGAGUUUUGUUGGAGCUGAUACAAUAUCCACAGAUUGCAAAUUGAUUUCUCCAGACGAGCUCUUCAACUUGUCUCCUGAUCCGAAGUUAUAUCCAACAGUUGAUUCAACCCAAAAGAAACUUAAAUCGAAGAGUUUUAUUGAUUAUGAACCCUUCAGCAGUACCAGUAGACAGGAUAAUGUAUUGAGACAAAGAUCUGGUUGUGUACCAUUCUCGUUUAUUUCUGGAGUUUCUCAGAAAGAUAUCGAGAUGUAUGAUUUAUCAGGGAAAAGGAAUGUUGGCAAGAUUGGAAAAGUUAACCAUGAACAUUUUGAUAAACCAGAAAACAAGGUUUCCGUGGCAGAGAAAUUCAUGAACUCACCAAGUUGUGCAACAGCAAUGGAUGCAGGUUUAAAGGAAAAUUUGGAUGAAGAUGAGGAGUCAAAAGAUGAAACUAAAGAACAAUCUAAUGGUUCAGAAAUCAGAAAUUGUCCUGAAGUAGCCAAUGAAACAUUAGUUGAAAAGGCUGAUGGUCCGGCACAGCAAACAAGCUUUACUAAUGAUGAAAAAGAAAAUUUUGAUAACAUUUGUCCAGCUCGACCUCAAAAGAGCAUGAGUAAUUUUGUCAAAGUUCUUACUGGUGGAGAAUCUCCAUUUGCAUCCGAAGUUAGCGAUAAAGAACAAUUGAAAGAGAAGUUGGGAGAUGAUAGUAAGGAUGGUGUGAGCACGGGAGAGAAUAGCUGUGAUACACAAUAUCAGGUUAUGCUGGAAAGCUAUGUUCUUCGGCUUCUUUGUGUCCAGAAGGUGCUUAUGGAAGCAUCAGACAACAAUAGGAAAAAGGACAGAAUGCUAGGGGAAAGAGGGAGGAAGCUUCUGACGCUGUAGUGACAAAAUAAGAAAAAGCUUUGGAUUAACACACAUAUGGCAUGUUGGGGGAGAUUGAAAGAUGUUGGCUUCAUAUGGUCACCAGGUGCAGUACUUUUUGUUUUUUUUUCCUUCUUUUCCAAUCUAUUUGCACUUUCCUUUGCCAUGCAAGGUUAUGUGAGUUAAAUUUUCUAAUAAUGCUAUAGCUUUCUUUUCUGCCACCCAGAUAUAAUAGUUGAGUUUUUACCAACAGAAACAGAAUGAAACAAAGUAGAGUUGCUGGAAGAAUCCUAAACAACUUGUCAACUGAAUAGUAAAGUAAAACCUUAUCUGAUUUAGGAAACAUAAGGAUCCGUUUGGUUGGACGUAAUUGUAAAUGAAGUGCAGUUAGAUAUGUAGGUGGUUGAAAAAUGUAGCGAUAACAACUAUAUGCAUCUUAUUUGAUUGAACAUAGUAAAAAGAUAUUGCAACUCCAAACAAUUUAUUUUGUCGCAUGUAG